AGUGGAGGUGGGGCGUAAUCGACCUCCUUAAGCUUAAAACCGCUUUGUUUAACAAGUUCUCAAAUGUUGCAUACUUUUGAGUGCAAAACAUUGAGAAAAACGCAAUUUUUUUGAUACGUUUUUGUUUUAAAUAAAAAAAAAUAAGUUUCUUAGUAGACUCUGACUAAUUCCUUACACUAAUCAGUACCUAAAACCAAUUCCAUAUUUUAGAUAUAUUUAGACUUAAAAUAAUGAGUAAUUAUCUAUUUUUUUAUAAUGAGUAAGACUUUUUUUGAAUUUUUGUUUUUUAAUAUUUUUUGGAUAAAGCAUUAAAUGUGUUUCCUUUUAUCAGGCGAAUGCCGGCUAUAAAUUCUGGGUAUAUUUAUGCCAAAGUUCAGUAAAGUUUAGAUCAGAGUGGACAGAGGUUAAAAAUAAUGAAGUGGACUUUUAUAAUUUUUCUGUCAGUUUUGCUUUUCAAGCUGAUAUUAUUUGGCGGUGCAGAUGCAGACGAAGUCACAAAUUUAACGGAGACUGGAACUGAAGAAGAUGACUCUUUUGAUUAUGAAAAGUUUAAGCAAGCGUCCCUUAUUACAACAGAAGCUAUUCAUAACUUGCUAAGUAAUAUCAAAGUUCUAGAAGAAUUAAUAAGGGAUAGAGAAAAUACCAUAAAUAUUAUGAGUGAACAAAUGAAGGAGAAACAAGAAGAACUAAGAAUUGCUCAAGACCAAAUUGAAAAUAAAGAUGCCAAAAUCAGUGAUCAAAAUAAACAAUUAAAUGAUCAAUUGAUGAAUAUUGUGAACCAAAAACAAAUUCUCGAGAAUACAGAGGUCGAGGUAAAUAAAAUGAACGAAACUAUUCAGGCUUUACUUAAUCAAAUUAAUGACAAUAAUAAUUUUAACAAUGCCAGAAAAAAAGAAAUUGAGAGUCAAAAUGUAUUAAAUCAAGCGCAAGCUAAAAAAAUAAACACAUUGACAAAAAAUAUUCAAGAGUUGAAAGACAUAAUCGAAAUCCAAAAUUCCGAAAUAAAUGCCAAGCGUAAAGAAAUCGAAAGUCUGAAAAAACGUAUAUCGGAUUUGAUGGAAGAAAAUGAAGCUGAAAAUGACGAAAAAACUUGGAUUACUAUUCAAAAACGCUUUGACGGCUCCGAAAACUUCGACCGAAACUGGACAGAUUAUAAAAAGGGUUUCGGCGAUGCAAAGGGAGAAUUUUUCAUUGGUCUAGAUAUAAUUCAUGCCAUGACUCACUCACGACAACAUGAACUUUUGAUUAAACUGAAGACGAAAAAUGGGACUACUUACUAUGCUCAUUACGAUAAUUUCCAAAUUGGCAACGAAGAACAAUCUUAUGAGCUGAAAUCUCUUGGAAAAUACUCAGGCACAGCCGGUGAUUCAUUUUCUCUAACAGGACCAUUGCCACUUAAGUUCAGCACAAGCGACAAGAAUAACAAAAGAUGCUCUAAAACUCACGGUGGUGGAUGGUGGUACUAUAAAUGUUCAAAUAAUAUGCUCAACGGAAAGUUCUAUAAGAGUGGACGACGCAGUUUAGGAGAGGUCUACGGAAUUCAUUGGGGAACGCUUCAAAAUCAUGACUGGUUGAUCUCAUUGCCGUUUUCUGAAAUGAUGAUUAGGCCUAAAGGAGCCUAGAAUACAAGCAUUACAGCUUUGAAUUUGCAAUAUAAUGCAAUUUGUAAUGUUAUCAGUCCCGAAAUAUGUUUUAAUUAUAUUAAGGAAUGGCAUAACAAUAUGUUUCUU